UAGUGGAAGUAGCAAACACUAAACAGCUGGAUGCAGCUGCACUCACUUGCAUCACCAACAGACCAAUUCCCAUUUUUCUAAUCUAAACAACCGAAAAAAAAAAACACCACUUUUUUACUCUCAAAGAUUCAAUCUUUUCACACAGUCCCCACCUUUCUCUGUCCUUCUCUGUCCUUCUCUCUCCUCUCUCUCUCUCUCACUGACAAGUGACUCAAACACAAACACAAAACACUGGAGACUCUGCAACUCAAUCUCCAAUUUCACAAUGCCCUCCUUCUUCUUCAUCUUCCUCCUGCUCUUUUUAUCUUCUCAGCCCAUUGCUACCUUAAGGCCAAACCAUAGGGUCCUCCACCAGCCAUUUCUGCCUCAAGACUCUUCCUCACCUCCCACUCAGUCCCCAUCACCCUCCCCGCCUUCCCCACCUUCCCUCCCUUCAAACCCAACUCCCCCAAAGUACCCAUUUUCCGGUUCUAACUCUACCCCUGCCGAUUCCCCCUUUUUCCCAUCCUACCCCUCCCCGCCACCUCCUCCUCCCUCCCCAACCACCGCCUUCGCCUCCUUCCCCGCCAACAUCUCCUCCCUCAUCGUCCCCAAAUCCCCCUCCGGAAACUCCAGCGCCCACAAGCUCGUCGCCCUCACCAUCGCCGCCGUGCUCUCCGCCGUCGUCGUCAUCUCCCUCGCCGCCUUCUUCCUCUACCGCCGCAGACGACACAAUAGCCGCAACUUCCCCGAUGACGACGAGGACGACAAGUCGUUUAUCAGAUCCGAACACAGCAACAGGCUGUUUCAGCAGCCCAAUCACAGCCACUCCUUCAGUGGGACCCACAAGCUCCGGACCGCCUCCUCCACCAGCUCCGAGUUCCUCUACCUGGGCACAUUGGUCAGCUCACGCGGACUCGAGGACCCGGUCGACUCGUGCGGCAGUAAUGGCCGCGUAGCCGAGUUAGAAACUCGGAAAGUCGAGUCGCCGGACCUCCAGCCGCUUCCGCCACUGGCUCUGCAGUCCUCGAUGCUGAGCAAUUGCGAGAAUGCCGAACCGGGUUCGACCCGAGACCGAGACGAAGACGAGGACGAAGAAGAAGAAGAGUUCUACUCGCCCAGAGGGUCUUCGGGCGAUCGAGAGAGCUUCAAUGGAACUGGAUCGGGGUCCAGGAGAGUUUUCGAGGCGGUGGCGGGUGGUGUUUUCGACCGGAGAAGCAGUGAAUCAACGUCUUGCUCUUGCUCGUCUUCGAAUUCGGGUUCGCCGUCACGGUCACAGUCUAUCAGCCUCUCUCCGCCGGUGAGUUUGAGCCCCAACAGAAGAUCAGAAGAGCCCAAGCCUCCUGAGCCCGCACCUACGUACCAUGCGACGCGGUUUGGUAACGAGAAUGUACGGUCUCCUUCGUUGACUCCAAUGACUUCGCCAGAGGGAGCUGCGGACGAUUACCCAUCUACAUCGGACCGAAAGAGACGGUCUCCCUCAUUGUCGUCGCUAUCUUUUUCACCGGAGAGAAGCUUGGAGAAGAACCCAGAUGCAUCAGCUAAAGUUUCGGUCGUUUCGGGCCAAAGUUCUCUGAUUUCGUCACCGGAGAUAGGUUUCGGAAAGAAGCCAGACGCAUCAGCUAAAGUUUCAGUCGUUUCGGGCCAAAGUUCUCUGAUUUCGUCACCGGAGAUAGGUUUCGGAAAGAACCCAGGUGCAUUACCGAAAAUUUCGGUCGUUUCGGGCCAAAGUUCUCCGAUUUCCUCACCAGAGAGAGGUUUGGGAAAGAACCCAGAUUCAUCAUCACCGAGAACUUCGGUCGUUUCGGACCAAAGCUCGCCCAUUUCGUCACCAGAGAGAAGUUUCGGAAAGAACCCAGAAGCGUCACCGAAAGUUUCGGCCUUUUCAGAUCGUAAUGAGCAGUCUCCUUCAUCAUCUUCAUCUUAUUCAUCGUCACCAGAGAGACGAUCAAAUGCUUCUGAUCCAAAGGCCAAGUCUUUUUCACCGGAGAAAAGCCCAGCUGCAUCACCAAGAAUUUCAAGCGCUUCCGAAUAUAUUCAUUUGGAUCCAAAAGUGCAGUCUCUCUCAUCAUCAGCUUCAUCUUCGUUGUCUAACUCACCAGAGAGGGAGUUUGGGAACAAUUCCGAUGCUUCAUCAAAACUUUCCAAUGUUUCUCACCACACUACAGAGUCUUUGGUGAGACUUAGCGGUGGUUUAAAACAUCCUAUUUCAAUGCCACCGCCUCCGCCACCGAUGCCUCCUUCACUAAGACUGUGGGAAACUCCAAGUCCUAAAACACCGGUUGGCCAAGUGAUGUCUAAGCCUCCAGCUCUCAUACCUCCUUCAAGACCUUUUGUACUUCAGAACCCAGCAAAGGUCUCUGUUUCACCAGUGGAGUUGCCUCCAAGUUCUAAUCCCUUGGAGCCUAUUGAGGAGAAUCCAAAACCCAAGUUAAAGCCAUUGCAUUGGGAUAAAGUUCGAGCAAGCUCCGAUCGCGAAAUGGUGUGGGAUCAGCUUAGAUCAAGCUCUUUCAAGUUGAAUGAAGAAAUGAUAGAGACAUUGUUUGUUGUAAAAACACCAAACCCUAAUCCAAAGGAAACGACCCCACGCACAGUUCUUCCCUCUCCAAACCAAGAGAACAGAGUACUUGAUCCGAAAAAGUCGCAAAAUAUUGCAAUCUCGCUAAGGGCACUCAAUGUGACCAUAGAUGAAGUUUGUGAAGCGUUAUUAGAAGGUAAUUCUGAUGCUCUUGGAACUGAAUUACUUGAAAGUCUAUUGAAGAUGGCUCCAACCAAAGAAGAAGAGCGUAAGUUGAAGGAGUACAAAGAUGAUUCACCAGUUAAGCUUGGUACUGCUGAGAAAUUUCUGAAAGAGUUGCUUGACGUUCCGUUUGCAUUUAAAAGGGUGGAGGCAAUGCUCUACAUGACUAAUUUUGAGUCUGAGAUUGAUUACCUUAAAAAGUCUUUUGAAACUCUAGAGGCUGCCUGUGAAGAAUUGAGGAACAGUAGGAUGUUCUUGAAGCUUCUAGAAGCUGUGCUGAAGACUGGAAACAGGAUGAAUGUUGGGACAAACCGUGGUGAUGCCCAUGCCUUCAAACUUGACACACUCCUCAAGCUAGUCGAUGUCAAGGGAGCUGAUGGGAAAACCACACUCUUGCAUUUUGUUGUACAAGAAAUCAUAAGAACUGAAGGUGCUCGUCUCACUGGUGGGAAUCAAACUUCAAACCCAACUGUGAAUGAUGAUGCUAAGUGUAGGAGGCUUGGCCUGCAAGUUGUUUCAGGUCUCAGUUCAGAGCUCACUAAUGUGAAGAAGGCUGCUGCCAUGGAUUCUGAUGUGCUUAGCACUGAUGUUUCAAAGCUUUCUAAAGGAAUUAGCGACAUUCAGGAGGUUGUGCAAUUAAAUGAGAGAGCGGUAUCAGAUGAAAGCAGGCGGAAAUUUUCAGAGUCAAUGAACAUGUUCAUGAAAAAGGCCGAAGAGGAGAUUAUAAGACUUCAAGCUCAAGAAAGUGUUGCCUUGUCCCUAGUGAAGGAGAUUACAGAGUACUUCCAUGGGAACUCCGCAAGGGAAGAAGCUCACCCGUUCAGAAUCUUCAUGGUGGUCAGAGACUUUCUUACAAUUCUUGACCGGGUAUGUAAAGAAGUUGGUAUGAUAAAUGAGCGAACGAUAGUUAGUACUGCCCACAAAUUUCCAGUUCCAGUAAAUCCAAUGCUACCACAAGUAAUUCCAGUAAAUCCAAUGCUGCCCCAAGCACUUCCUGGAAUGCAUGGAAGGCAGCCGUACAGUUGGACUGACGAUGAGAGCACAUCUCCAUAGUUUCCCGGGCUCAUUUCAGAACGGCUUUUUGGUUCGAUUUAGCAAGAAACUGCCUGAAGUAGGUGGUCGGAACAGGUUGAAGCUUAGAAUGGUCCAGCUUGCAUGCCAGGUUUUAUAUAUAGCUUCUGGUUUUCCACCCUAAUAUUUGUACUUGUAAAAAAAUUUCAUGUAAGCGAUUUUGCGUUCUAUAGAUAAUAUACGGAGGAAGGGAUUUUAUCUGGGAAGAAUAAGUUGUAUUUCGGAUUAGUUUAAUACUGUAGACCUGUCCAGAACGUUGAUCAUAGAAAUGCUGUUUAAGGCAAGCAGAACCCAUGGCUGUAGAUAGUUUCUGUAAAUGUUCUGUACUGUACCAAAUCAAACCACUAAUUUAUUCUCUGUUAACUUUCUUAUCCCCAUUUAUUCUUUGUAAUUUAA